AUGUUAAAAUUGAUUGAAAAACUUUGUAACACUUUAAGAUAACAGUUAGAAUAAUAUUCUUAGAUAAAUGUAUGGAAUUAAAAUUUAAAAUAGGAUAUUUUAGAAACCAAUAUAGUGAGGUUUGUAAAAGAUUGUAUGCUUUAUAUAUUUCAUAUUCCAUUAGAAUAUGAUAUUGAAUAAUAUUUUACAAUUGCAGAAAUAGAUAAAACCAUGUUUAAUAUUCAAUAAUAUUUGAAUUCUAUCUAAAAUAAGAACCACUUCAAAUAUCUAUUUAUGAAUGAAGGUUUUUAAUCAGGAGAAUAGAGUUCAAGUGAUGAAUUUGAUUCCAUCAUUAAACCUAAACCUAAAAUACAUAAGACCCAUUCUCUAGAACAUAAACCAACUGAUAUUCCUAUCACUGAAAAUGAUCUAACUUAGUUAAAUAACCUUUAGCAAUUAUUAUAUGAAACUAACCUUAAAGUAACUAAAAGAGAUGAAUAAAUUUUAUAGAUGACCACAAACUACUUAAAAGAUAUACAACAUCUUAAAUUAAUGGUAAAUAUUUGCUUUUUUAUUUAAGUUUCUGAGGUAAUUAGAGAAUCCAGAAACUGAAUUUUAUGAGGUUAAUUACUUUGAUAUAAAAUAGGCAUUAGAACCUGAAUUAUAGAAUUAUAUACAGGAUAAAUUCAAUUAAUUAUAGAAAUAAUGUUAAUAAACUGUUUAAAGAUAUAAAAUUGAAUUAACUGCUUUAAGUACUGAAUGUGAAUCACAUAAGAGAACUAUUGCAGUUUUAUUAUAAAAUAAUACCCUUUAGUCAAUUAUUAAAAUGUUAUUUCUAAUUGAAAAAGAUCCAUAUAAGAUUUGGAAACAAAUAUAAGAUUAGGUUGGUAAUAAGAUAAUUUUUUAAGUUUUUGAAAAUUAGAUUGGAGGAUAUGGAAUAAAUUAUAGGGAAAUAGAUGAACUUAUUUCUAAAAAUUCAGCUGGAGGUAGAAUGUUUUGUAGAUAAAAAUAAUAAUAUGAAGAAUAAUUAAAAAUUAUGAUAGAUGAUAAUAUUCAAAUUAUAUCAAAUUUAAAAUAAGAUAUAUAAAAUAAAGAAUAGAUAAUUGAAGAAUUAUAAAUAUCUUAUGAGGAGAACACAAUAAGAAUAUAGGAAUAAUUGAAUGAGUAUUUAGAGUAGAAAUUAAAAGAAUAAUAAAUAAAUUUGAGUUAAGAAUUUGAUAGGAAACUAAAAAUACAAUAAAAGGAUUUAACAGAUCCUUAAUUAAUAAGAAAACUAACUAUGAAAUGUGCAUUUGCAAGAUGGAUGAAUUUUUCUAAAUUUUAUAGGAUUUUUGAAUAAGAAUAGGAUGAAGAUACUUUGUAUGAAUUAAAAUUAAGAAUAAAUCAAUGUUUAAAAUAAGUAAAUGAUGAAUUUACUAUAAGAGAUUAUGAAAAAUUGAUUUAAAAUUAUUAAUAAGCUUAAUAUAAUAUAAUAAAAUUUGAAUAAGAAAAGAAUAUUAUAGAAUACAAAUGUAAAUAAUAAUAAUUAGAGAUUUAGAAGCAUAAAAAUACUAUAUAGAUGUAAACAUAAACAAUCUAAGCUUUAAAAUAGGAAAUUUAAAAUAAUGAAACUACAAUAAAAUUAAUAUCCAAACCUUUUUCUUCAAUAUUAUAAAGAUUAGGAUAUCCAUCAAAAAUUAAUUUGUUAUCAAUUUUAAAAAGUGGAAUAAAUUUAGAGUUUUUAUAAAAUGAAGAUCCAGAAAUUCAAUCUAGUUUGAUUACCUUUUUUUAAUUGGCAAUUGCAUAAUAAAUAAUUCAUUAAAGUAAAUUAAAAAGAGAUGCUGAAACAAUUACUGAAUUUUUUGAUGUAUUAUUAUAAUAUUAAUAUAGAUUAGAUAUGCUAUGUCAUAGGAAUUGAAUGAGGAUAGUAAUUACUAACAACAUAGAUUAUAGUCCCCAGAAGUUCCUCUAAUUUAAUUUCAAAUUACAGAUCAAGCUAUUAGUCCAAAAGAUUAAUUAACUAAUUCAUAUAUUGAAAAUAAAUUUUAAAUAAAAGGAACUUAAAAAACUUCAAAUCAUACAAAUUAAUCUCCAAAAUCAAUUAGAGUUUAAAAUUAAUAUUAAUAAAUUAAUACCCCUAAGAUUAGUAAUCAAAAGAGAGAUAAUAAAAAUGAAAAUGUAGCAGUGAAAAGGGAAAAAAAGAGUUAAUAAUAAUUAUUAGAUACAACUACUAGUGGAUUCUAGAAAUAGGUUGAAAAGGUCAGAAGGAAAGAUCAUCUUAUGAUAUAAGAAAUAAAUUAUGUUGAUAAAGGAACUUAAGUUGAUACAGAUUAUAUAUCAAAUUAACAUAAAAAUAGUCCAAGUGUAUAAUUUAGAGAUAAUGAACAAAACUCUCUUUAAUAAGAUGUUUUAGUAAUAUUGAGAGAUGAAGGAGAUUCAAGAGCUACUUCUGUAACAAAAAGAAGGAGUCUUAGUUAAAAUAAUAAGAAAUAAUAAUUUAAUAUUCCUAAUUAAUUUAUUAAUAAUCAAAACUUAACUCUGUAUUAAGCAUCUAAAUUGAAGUCUUAAAAUAAAACGAUUUAUUCAGAAUAAUAACAAAUUUAAUAAAAUAUUAGUUUAGGAUUUGGAUUUUUACCUACUAGUCCAUUUUAGUUUUAUUAAGAAUUAUUUAGAGAAAAACAAAAAUUACAAUUAAAAAAUUAUACAAUAAUUAAGGAUUAAGGAGUUCCAAUAUAAAAUAUUUAAAAAAGAAAAAUAGAACCAAGUAUUGAAGGUAAACAUCUACAAAUUCCAAGUUAUUUAAAAUGA